AUGGGCAUCAUAAUGGCAGCACACGCAAUCGUCUCAAGGAAAGUACUGGACUACCCCAUCCGCAUACUCUCCGAUAGUCGGUCGGUAUUACAAGCCCUGCAAAGUUAUACUUUGACCUCAGGGCUAAUCUACGAAUGCCACAAAGCUCUAUCAGAGGUAUGUACCACCAAUAUCGUAACUCUGCAGUGGAUUAAAGGACACAGCAACUCGCGAGGUAACGAUGCAGCCGACAUAUUAGCAAGAGGAGGCUCGGAACUGAAGGUGGCAGGACCGGAGCCAAUCCUACCUCUGCCAUAUGCCUGGCUCCGGAACAUGCUGCGACACAACACCAAGGUAAAACACCAACAGUAUUGGACUAACCUAGGUACCUGCAGACAGGCGAAGGAAGCCCUCCCGACGAUCAACCCAGGUCUGUCACGGAGGCUGCGACUGCUGAAGAGGCCACAACUCCGGCUACUAACUGGAGCCAUAACUGGCCACGCCUCACUAAACAAACACUUACUAACCAUGCGUGUUACAGAUAGCCCCCUUUGCAGGGCAUGCAUGGAGGCAGAAGAGACAGCCGCCCACGUCAUCCUUGAAUGUCCAGGGGUGGCAGAAUACCGGGCACAAUACCUCGGUUCGCCGGGGCCUCUCCCAGAAGUCGUCGGCAACAUCAAGGGUCUGCUAGGCUUCUUGGAGGAGUUGGGUUGGCAGGAGUAGUGCCGGCAACCCAUC